AUGUCAAAUAAUUUAAAUAUGAAGGAAUUUAGUUCGACGGCUGUUAUAACAGAAAAUGGAGUUUUCCCUUCAACGAUAUCGGUAAAUACAAUAAAUACAAAAUGUAAAGAAAAUGACGUUGAAGAAAAUGGUUACGACCCCUUCCAGAACCGAAAACUUGAACAUCCGAACUCAGAUGUGAGAUCCUUUGCGAAUCUACUGAAAUCGUCUUUGGGUUCCGGGAUCCUGGCUAUGCCCGCUGCUUUUAAAAAUGCCGGUUCUAUAAUCGGCAUUUUCGGUACAAUUAUUUUAGGAUACAUUUGUACACAUUGUGUUUACUUAUUGGUUAAGACCUCACAAGAUGUGUCUAGGGUAACAAAGGUACCUUCGCUCGGAUACGCGGAAACCGUAGAAGCUGUAUUCGCAACAGGGCCAAGAUGUGUACGGAAAAUAUCUACGGCAAGCAGGAUAUUUAUAGAUUGGGCGAUGGCACUCACAAUUCUUGGCGCCUGUGCCGUUUAUGUCAUACUUCUCGUCGACUCCGUUCAACAGAUUGUCGAUUUUUAUUACGUGGACAACAGCAUAAAUAAAACGAUGUAUUGUCUGAUGUUUCUCGUCCCUAUUUUAGUUUUUACGCAAAUUAAAAAUCUAAAAUACAUAGCGCCGUUCUCUGGAUUUGCCAAUAUACUGUUGGUAUUAACGUUUCUCAUAUGCCUUUAUUACAUAUGCGAUGAAUUUCCCGAUUUUGAUUCCAAACCAAAGUCAGUGGAUGUUGGACGUCUACCGUUAUUCAUUGGAACAGUGAUAUUUGCCAUGGAAGGCAUUGGCGUAGUACUGCCUGUUGAAAACACAAUGGCAAAACCGCAGCAUUUUCUUGGAUGUCCAGGCGUUUUAAAUAUCACCAUGUCGAUUGUGGUUCUGCUCUAUAUGAUUAUGGGUAUUUUGGGAUAUUUAAAAUACGGCGAAGACGCCGCUGGGAGCAUAACUUUAAACCUGCCUACAAAAGAAAUACCCGCACUAAUGGCAAAAGCGUUUAUCACUUUAGCUAUAUUCUUCACAUACAUCUUGCAAUUUUACGUGCCAAUGGAGAUUGUAUGGCGUAACGUAAAACCUCGUGUGACACAAAAAUACCAUAACUACGCACAAGCAAUUAUGAGGGCUGUAUUUGCAAUAUUAACAGUUGCCGCAGCAGCAACAUUGCCUCGUUUAGAGCAAGUAAUUGGACUUGAAGGGGCAUUUUUCUACUCCUUCCUUGGACUAAUAGCACCCUCACUGAUCGACCUUAUAUUUCGUUGGGAGAGAGGACUUGGAAAAUUUAAUUACGUCAUUUACAAAGAUCUGUUUUUGAUUAUAUUCGGUCUAUUUGUUCUAGUGACAGGUGUUACACAAAGUGUUAGAGAAAUUAUUCGGACUGCAUGA